GCAUCAAGCGCUUUCAAUGUGGUGCCAGCUUCUGCGAUGAUGGAGUUGUUUUUGGCGCAGGAUUGCGAAAUUCACAAGCGCAUCUUCGGACAGAACGGGGUCAAGCAGUUUCAGGCGAUUCGUGAGAUCCUGCUCGCGGGUGACACCAACCGCCUAGUUGCAGAGCUGACCUUUGCCACGUGGCCUCCUGGAGCUGCGGGGUUGAGACUUCCAAGAUUGUUUGAGGGAGUCAGGGUAGAUGGAGUCAGGUGGACCAUGACAUAG